UUUUAUACUCUGUGCUUCUGUCCGAAAUCUUGUUUAUCAACAAACACACGUUAUGAAUAUUGUUUGAACGUAUGAAUAUUUAAUUCAUAUGGUGUGCAAAGUUAUAUUAAAUUCCAGACUACGUUAUAAACCUGCUUUAAAAAUAAUAAAUGUUUGUUUUAUUUUUAACUAGAGUAAAAGUUUAAGUUUUUUUUUGUACCAAUAUCUGCGAACUUAACCUCACAAAGACACAAUGGCUUCAGAAAAAGUUCAAAAAAUGGGAAAAUUAUGUAUUCCUGGUAUGCGUUUAAGUGUAUCGAAUGAAGAAUAUUCCCCUGGACCCGGGACUUACGAGCUAAGAGGUUACAUAUACGCAACAUUAUGUGGUGUACUGAAAAUGGAACAGGACGAAAACAAGGUGACAGUAGUAUCAGUUGAAAGUCCAAGGACACCAAGUAUUCUGCCUAAAGCUGGUGAUAUAGUAACUGCCAAGAUUACUGUUGUGAAUCCUAGAAUGGCUCAAUGUCUGAUAUUAUGUGUUGGGUCCUCAGUGCUGGUAAGGCCUUACAGAGGAAUCUUAAAGAAAGAAGAUAUGAAGGCAACAGAAAAGGACAGAGUAGAUCCAUAUAAAUGUUAUAGGCCUGGGGAUGUCAUACUAGGUCGAGUUCUGCCAAUGACGGAAAUUCACUGGUACCACCUAUCUACAGCUGAGAAUGAGUUGGGUGUUGUAAUAGCCACUGCUGAAGGGUCCCCCCAAGGUGUCGGCAUGGUGCCCUUGAGCUGGUCAGAGAUGCAGUGCCCAAAAACAUUAGUAAAGGAACCCAGGAAAGUAGCCAGAGUCAUCCCUGAAAACAUAAAUCAAGCCCUUUGUGAAUUAAAGAUCGAACAUAAGCCAGAGAAAGAGAAAUAAUAAAUUUGUUAAUAUUUUAA